AUUACACUAGCUCGUCAGUACAAUGACUAGUGCGGAAUGCACGUACACCCCGUGGAAUCCCUAAUCCAUGAUCCAGACAAACUCGCCGACCUGCUCUAUCAUUCCUUCCCACUGCCAGAAAUCUCAAAAAUGCCUUUCAAGCGUUAUGUUGAGAUCGGGAGAGUGCUCUCGUUAACUACGGAGAAAAUUAUGGCACUUGUUGAUGCUCCUGAUAUGGUUAGAAGCCAAAUGAGCUUCAAAAGGCUCUCGUUAACAGACAUCAAGAUUGACAUUGGUAGAACCCCCAAAAAGAAGGUUUUGAUUCGCGCCAUGGAGGUUGCAGAUGUUAAGAAGAAAUGGGAAAGCAGCUCUUGGGAUAGAAAGUUUAUUGUUCAGAAGAAAAGAGCAUCCUUGAAUGACUUUGACAGGUUCAAGGUCAUGUUGGCAAAGAUCAAGAGGGGUAAAGCUAUUCAUCGGGAGCUCAAGAAGUUGAAGGAAGUGGCUGCUAGGAGGGAGAUAGCCAUCACGGUCUUGAGGGAGAUGAAGGCUGAGAUGGAGCACAAGGCUGCAUAAGUUUUGACAUCACUUUUAAAGUUAAACAUUCAAGGAAAGAAAAAAGAAUUUAGUAGUCUGAAUGCUGUCUAUUUUGUUCUCCUGGUCCCGACCUUUUAAAGAUUCAAGAAUUACAGUUGUCUGUAAUCUACUUGUAUUGGAUUAUGUUAUGUAAAAUUUGACCAUCACACUUUGUCUAUAUCUUUGGUUUCC